AUGAGCGUUAGUUCAUUCGAAAUUUUACCUAACGAUAUUCUUUAUGAAAUUUUUCGUUAUUUAUCUCCAAUUGAUGUUCUUCAAUCAUUUUUAUUAUUGAGUAAACGUUUCUCAAGAGUGAUAAGAAAUGAAUAUUUGUGGCACAUUCAUAUUGGUGAUUCAACAAUGUCAUUAAUGAUGUUCAAUGAUCAUUGUCACAAUGUCUUGAAAUUAAUAGGAAGUCGCAUCGUCUCAUUACGUCUAACAUUAAUCAAUGUUAUCGGUGGAUGGUCACUUAUUUCAUCUUCUCUUCGAUAUCAUCAAACAAGAUUGCUUCAACGUCUACAUUUGAUCGACAUUAAACCACAUGAAUUUGAUAAAUUAUUGCGUAAUGAUUUCAUAAAACAAUUACAUACUUUAUUAGUUGAUGUGACACCUUCUAAUCCGUUUAAUUGUCUUCAAGUUGAAGGAAUUUAUCUAGUUAAGGUAUGUUCACAUAUGCCUCUUCUAAGAAUCUGUCGACUUUCAUUUAAUCAUAAUGAUGGUAAUGCUAAUCAAAUAGAAACCUAUUUAUUAAGAUAUCACAUGACUUUAUCAAAUUUAUUAAAUACAAAUCAUCUUCGUACAUUGACUAUUGGUAUACAUACAUCACACUUUCUCGAACGUUUACUAUUAUGUAUACCAUUGAUUGAGAAUCUUUCUUUUGGCAUAAGAGAUCGAGAUAUCAGUGAGAAUGAUGUACAUGAUAGAAUCACGUUGCCUGCCACUAUCGAUGCUCAUCUUCUUCAAUAUCUAUCUCGUCUGCGUAUACAUUGUUUGAAUAACAUAAGUUUUCAUCGAACAAUUGCGCUUUUAUUAUCUAUAUUUAGUCAACUUUGUCAUUUAUCAUUAAAAUUAGAAGCAGAUACAGUAAUUUCUGGUUCAUCGAUUAUAUCAGGUGAUAUUAUUCAACAAUUAUGUAUCGAUCGUCUUAAACCAAUGGCAACCUAUAGUCUUAAUCUAUUAUUAUAUGUUGAACAUGACUUGGAAGAAAAAAUAAUUUUCAAUUCAUUUUUUCAAGUUGCAUUUACUCAGCGACAAAAACCGAGAGUUUUUAUACAAGAAUGCAAUGAUUCUAAUUGGAGUCCUAGAUAUCAUUGUUUUAUGGUAUAUACUAUUCCAUAUAAUGACACAAUUCUUUUAUCACACAUGUUUUCUACAGAUCUUGAAAAAUCUUGUCAAAUGUCGACUGAUGUAACAAAUUUGUUUCCACGUGCUAAUACAUUAUCUCUGUGUGGUUAUAAGAAGAUAAAUCGUGUUCGAGAUCUUGGCAAAACUGGAUGUUCUAUAUCAUUGUUAGUUCCUUGGUCAUUAUUAACACACAUUGAAAUCAAUCAUAGUGAUGUUAUUACUCAACAUACAUUACAGUCAUUAUUACGGAUAGCUUAUAAUGUACAUACACUAAAAAUAAUUGAUGAUAGAGGAAUUUUAGUUCGCAUGAUAUUGCAUAAUAAAGAUAAUUUUGGAAGUCGUAUCAAUCAACAAAUAAAAUCACUGAACAUUUAUGAUGCAUCAUGGACAUUACAAAAUGUAGAACGUUUUUGCACAUUAUUGUCGAAUCAAUUUCCUAAUUUAAAGACACUUUCAUUUACUAUUUGUGAUUCAUAUCGUCACUGGCAAUGGAAACCAUCUCGAAUUAAUGAUGGAAAAAACAAAUGUACAAAACGUAUUGUUAAUUUUAUUUAUUUGCUUGUUAAUGAUUUACAACAACUUGUUUGGCUUCGAAUAAGCUUUUGUAAUAUGACUCAUUCUGAUACACCUUGUUUCCCACAUUUAAUUCGACGACAACUACAUCAAUAUCCACUUAGUCGACCUUGUCGCUUACGAUGUUCUACUGAUAGUAUUCAAAUCUGGCUGUAA